GUGCGGCGGUUACUGUGAAAAAGUGUAGGUGUCAAAAUGAUUACGCUCACAAGAAACUCAUAUUAAUAACUUACACAUAGGUGAUUCGAAGUUUGGUGUCAUAUUUUGAUUAGAAAUACUAAUUAUUUCACGGUUUAAGAAUGAAAAUUUACCGGCUACUUUACUGAUUAUACGUAAAGUAAUGAAAUUAGUGUAUUAUCUCAAGCUUGAGAUCGAUUCGUUGGAUUAUACUGCUACGAAUACAAUUUGAUCACUUAGUCUUUGAAAAUUUAUGAGAGAAAAGAAAAAUGAUGUUUUUUCACUUAGUCAGCUGUGCAUUGUUUGUGCAUUCAGCUGUGGCAUCGUCUAUGAUAGUACCACCUCAUUCAGCAAUUGUCUUUGCAUUUGAAGAUGUCUAUGAUUUAUCUUUGCUUGCUCAUACAUUGUCGGAUCAAUCGGGAGUUGAAACAACUUUAGUAAUAGCACAUGAUGAACAUGACUUUUACGAGCACAUGAUCGAUGUUGAUAUUAUUAGGAUUAAUGCAACUUUUAAGGAUAACAAUAGUAAGGAAGAAAGAGCCCUGAAACUAUGUGAUGCCGUUGUUUCAGAUAACAAGUUAAAGAGGAGAUUAGAUAAUCCCACUUUCGUAGUGUUUCCAGGAAUGAGACAUGACGCUUGUUUAUUACCAUGGAUUGAAUCAAUACCUUCUAUACCUGUUGUUUGGGCUCGAGGUUUUGAUGAAGAAAUUUAUGCUUUUGUUAAAACUGGGAUGGCUUUACCACUGCAUGAAACUGGCUUUGUUCAAAGUUUCAUUGAAAAUUUAAAUUUGAACUAUUUAUUGUUCACCAUUCAAAGGAAUUACAUUACACCAGCACAGAAAAUAAUCAAAUCAAGGCUACCUCAAGCUAAUAUUGAUUUAGAUAGUUCUUAUAAAAAUGUGCAACUAGUUCUGUGGGGAGCUGAUCCAGUUUUAAGAAUGAAUUCAGCUCCAUUAACUCAGUUGGUAACAGAGAUUGGAUGUCAUCAUUGCAGAGGAGUUCAGCCACUACCAGCUGAAGAUCUACAAAAAUUUUUAGUAGAAUAUCGGUCAGGCUCUAUUGUUGUUUUAUUAGAUGCUGAUUAUGAUACAUUGGUAACUGAAAUUGCUGAAAAACUACCAUCUGAUAGACAAGGCAUGGCUGUAGUAUGGAAAAAUAAACAUGUUUCAAUAAAAAAUAAACCAAAAAACCUAGCCGUUCAUAAAACCGUUGAUCGUCAAGAUCUUAUAGGUUACUCAAGGGUUCGUCUUGUAUUGAGCCACUGCUCGGAUUCGGAAUUUCUUGAAGCUGCAUUCCAUGGUACACCUCUUAUCUGCUUACCUCGUAAUGUUGAUGAGUUACGCAAUGCUCAACGAGCUGUAGAAUUAGGAUUUGCUGCGACUCAGCGUUUAGACACCUCAAAAUCAGACGACUUGGUCGAACUUAUAAAAACUAUUCAUGAAAAUACUAGUUAUAGAGAAAAAGCCAGGCUUGUUUCAACAGCUCUACGUGAUAGAUCUAAUCACGCUAUGGACCGUCUCACUUAUUGGCUUCGUUACAUAGCUCGACAUAAUGAUGAGGGUAGAAAUUUGUUAUUACCAAAGAAAGUUUCAACAUAUGCUGAAUUUUGGCAGACCAUUGUUGGCUUUCUAUUUGGUGUACUAUUUACUGCUAUUGCCACUGUGAUUUUUUUUAUCACACAAGAUGUAAGCGAACAUCAGAAGAAAAAAGACAAAAAAAUGAGGCAUCGAAAUUGACUAUAUGAAUAAAAAGUUUUGAUGCACAACAAUAAACAGUUGAACAAAAAGUAUCUUAUACUUGCCAAGUUUCAAUUAGUCAUUCGUAUUUUUGCACAACUUUUUACAAUUUCAAAUAAUUCUUUUUACCGAUUUAAACUGUUUUUUUUUGUGAGAAGAAUUAGCAAAUAAUUAAUUUUUCUCAUUCAAGGAUAAAGUGAAGUAUAUGAUACACUUAUGAAGAAUUACUAAAAUUACAAUUAGUUCAUAGGAUGUACUGAAUCGUAUUGAAAUUAAAUUGUCGUGCAAUUAAUAUUAUUAAUAUUAAAUGUUUUAGUGAAUGAAAUAAUGUUUGUAAAACUAUCAAGAAGCCAAAAUAUCGAAGGUUAUUUUUACAAUUUACUAAGUUCUAUAUUAUAAAGUAAUAACUUACCUUUUUCGCAAUGUGAUAAAUAUUUUACCAACUAAAAAACUUGAGAAUAAAAAAUGCACAUGUUUGU